AUUUGACCGGGAUUAAGUGGAUCACCGAAACAUGCCCUCUCUUUUAAUCUAUGCAGGAUACAUCUCCCUCAUUCAUGUGAAUGUCAAAAGACGACACAGGUGUUUUAAAUAGCUCAUGACAAUAAGCGCAUCGUUACUGGAACAUACACUCAAAUAACUCCCUCUAUUCAAAGCUACGUGGUCGACUAUGUGUAUGCUAAAAUUAGUCAAGCAUUAAAGGCUAUUGGCAAGUGUUUCAGAAGGGCCUACAUGCGUUAAACGUGAUAGACGAUACUUGCAGCUGAGACGGUAGGGUAUACAACACACUACUGGCAUCAUGGCGUCAACCCCUGAAAAUGCGAAGUCAACCCCUGAAACUACAAAGCCACCCCCUGAAACUCCGAAUUCACCCCCUGCAACUUCAAAACCACCCCCUGAAACUCAGAAUUCACCCCCUGUAACUCCAAAGUCACCCACUGCAACUCCAAAGUCACCCACUGCAACUCCAAAGUCACCCACUGCAACUCCAAAGUCACCCCCUGCAACUCCGAAGUCACCCCGCUCUAGAAUGGAGGCAACGAAGACCGACACCCAUGGUCGCUUGUACCGCAUCAAGAAAACAUGCGCACGUGUUCGACUCCUCGAUCUCGACAACGAAGAAGCUCGGGUCGACAUCGCUAUCUUGCGUCGGAUCUUAGGAAUAGGCGUCAACGAUCUCAGGGAUGUACUUCGUCGCAGCGCCCAUGUCCACGUUGACUUGAUGCCGAUGAAGGAUGCUCCUCGUAUAUUCCAGCGAAGCAGUGCCCCAUGGAACGUCGUCAACAUCCGACUCGCCAACGGUGAACCAGUCGAUAAAGCAGCAACCAUCUUCGCCAAUCCAGCCGCUUACUUCAUGGGGAAACGAAACAUGCAGAUACCAUUCAAACGGUCAAGGCCUUGCAUCAGACCAGAGAUGACCGGCAUGGCAGUAGAGGCGAUCUGGAGUAUCUUCGCCGAGAUGGAUGUCGAUCACAUUGAAGUCAAGGUCAUGCUGGAGAAACUAAAGGGUCGAUUCAGCAAGAGUGAGCUACCAGUCAUACAUGGAGAGAGCAACUCUCUUCCUCAGAGAUUCCGACGCUGGUUUAUGACCAUCCCGCUCUACUUCACGCUUAGAUGGGGCAAGGAGGAAGGAGCGACCAUGAUAUCUCUUCAUCCAGGAUUCGUCGAAGCCGACAUUCAAAAGGAAAUUCGACGUCGUGCCCUUGUUCUCUUCAAGCGACGCAGCAGAAGACGUAAUCGUAGCCGUAGUCGUAGUGUGGGAAGUGAGCACAGUGAUGGCGACAUCUCCGUCGUCGAAGAAGAAGUGCCGAUCCCAGUUAGUAGCGGUCGAGUUCCAGUCAUCAAUGAGUCGGCUAAAUGCUCCGUUGUGGUCGACACCCUGUUCAAGGAUGCUGCUAAAGCCGGCAUGCUCGUCAUCAGCUUCGAUUGCAAGGGACCAGUUCUAGAAGAUGAUAAGAUGGAGGUAGCCCUUGUCCAGCUGUCUACCAUCGAUGGUGAAGUGUGGAUAUUUGACGUCACUGAGAAAGAGGGAAAGACGUCUUUAAUGAAAGAAGGGCGUCUCAAAGAACUACUGGAAGCAGAAUGCGUCAUGAAAGUGAUGCAUGAUUGCCUGAACACCGCCACCAACCUCUUCCGUCAGUUUGAAGUCAAGAUGUGUAACGUUUUCGAUACAACUUUGGCCUACGAGACCCUAUUGAACCAGUGUAACAUCUUUCCAGUAGAGCAUGAAGUGACACGACAUCGCAUCGAACUGAGCUCUCUAUGCGAAAUGGUAGGGGAGACAUAUAAAGGCGAAGAUGAUAAGAUGUCUGAGGUCCUUAAGAACAACCCUCAUAUGUGGGAUGAUCGUCCUCUCUCUGAAGAUCUAGUCAAGUAUGCUGCUGGCACGGUCCGGGCUCUUGUUCCAAGAGUCUUCAACAAACUCGACCGUCUGAUUCAUCCUGCAUGGCAGCAGUAUUUCGAUUGGAUGUGUGAGGAGACCCUCCACCAGGCCCAGACCACUAAAUAAAAGAACCAGGUCCAGACCACCAAAUAGAAGAACCAGGCCCAGACCACCAAAUAGAAGAACCAGGCCCAGACCAAGUAGAAGAACAAGAUCGUGAUCACCACUCUCAUUAGUCACCAGUCGCGACAAUAAAGUAGAAGCAAGAAGCUCUUUGAUAACAUUUUAGUAGAAGUUAUGAUAGACAUUGAUAGUUCUUAUUGAUACUAGAUGUAGAGUUAAGAUCCACUAAAAAUAUACUCGAGAUUACCAUUAAUGAUGAGCUUCAAUAUUAUUUGGGGUACACGUAUUACUCUUUAGAGUGAAGUCCCUUGAAGGAAAGUCAAUUUCAUCACGACGCUUUGGAAGAAACGCCCAUGUUUUAUUUUCUCGUAAUCUUUUGUUAAUUUUGAAUGAAGACUUAGAAAAAACUGUUUGAAAUAAUCUUGUCACAUAAUGUUAUUCUAUUGAAAAGUGUGAAUAUGUUUUGAUGAGCUUUAAAAUGUAGCAUAGUUAUAGUUAUGUAAACGAAUACAGGAUCCUUGUAUAUGGUGGGUUAUCAUAACUCUCGACUGAAAGAAUAUCUGGAAAAUCUGAUGACCAUCAAUUAGAAAAAGUUAAAAACAUAAAAAUAUUAUUGCGCUAUUCAACCAUUCUUGAUUUGAACAGAUUAAAUGGAAUAUUAAGCCUCUAUUAAAAAGGGAUAUAACAUAAUAACAAUUAUGAUUAUUAUGAUUGAAAGGUAUAAAUAUACUUCUGUUUUGGAAAUAAGUUCCUGUCCAUCUAUGUCGAGGAUUUAAUUCAUUUCAAGUCGGUCAUGCUGUACCUACUGGUUUUUUUU